UCCCUUUAAACUAAUAAAUAUACAACCCUGUCUGAAGGUGGAUGGACCUGCACCUCUACCUACCCCUGGUAUCCAGGAGGAGGAAGCAGGACCAGCAGAUAUGGAAUCCAGGCUGUCUAGAGCUAGGAGUAUGUUGGAUGAGAAUGUUGGGACUGUUGGUCAGGUGACAAGUCAUGAUACACCUACUAAUAUACAGGACAGGGUUGAACGGGCUCGACGGAUGAUGCAACAACGGGUUGAAGCUAGAGAGAGAGAGGAGGAGGAGAAGGAGAAGCAGAAGGAGCUGGAGAGAAGGGACUUAGGGAAGAACUUGCAGGAGAUGCAGCGAAAAAAGGAGCAGGACUUGUUGAAGGAGCAGGCCAAGGAGAGGAGAAAGGAGAAGGAGGAGACAAGGUUGGCCAAGGAGAAAGUUCAGGCUCAGAUUGAACAAGAUCGGGCGGACAGAGCGGCAAGAUUUGCGUCGGAAAAGGCGGUUGAAGAUGAGAAGCGGAAAGAGAAAGAAAAGAAAGCUUUGGCGGAGAAAGCAGCUGAAGCGGAUAGAGCAGCUGCCUCUAGAAGUUCGAUAUCUCGGAUCCAGUUUCGGCUUCCAGAUGGAGGCAGUCAAACUCAUCAGUUCCCCUCCGACUCUCCUCUAGGAGAUGUUUAUGCUUAUGUGAGUUCUGAUCUUGGAACCGGUUUCUCCAAGUUUUCUCUCUCAACAACAUUUCCUAAGAAGGAGUUAGAUUUAGAGUCUAAGGACGCGAGCUUGAAGGAUCUUCAGCUAGCUCCCACAGCAACUAUUCUAGUCCUGCCUCAGGGGUCUGGCGGAGCUUUGUCCACAUCCGAUGGUUCCUUGAUGUCCUUGAUGAUGCUGCUGUUCACCCCCUUCACGUUCCUGUUCUCCCUCCUCUCCAGGUUCAUUAAUCCUCAACCCAGCCCAGCAGCUCAACCAGAUAAUACCAGCAACCAACGAAAAGAAGGAGGGAAUAGGGGACCACGAGCGGGAAAUAUCGGGCGCCUGCGGCAAUCUGAGAAUGACGACGACAACAAUACGUAUAAUGGAAACAGUACGCAGCAGAUGUAACUCAAGUGUGUGAUGACAAGUACAAUGUACUUCAUAACUUACGUUGUAAUGCAAAUUGUACAGUUUAAAGAGUUCAGUGUUUUGCACCUCAAUUCUUAACUAAACAGAGUUUUGGUUUUCAAAUUUUCAAUUUAAAGAAAUUCUUGUACGCAAAAACAAUUUCAUAUUUAAGUCAAUGUCCUAGAUUUUUGGGUCGUACGUGGGCCUUUUUAUAUAUAUUUGGGAUACACGAGACAUAAGGUCCUACUGCAAUUUUAUUUUUAAGUAAUUGUUCUGAAACGCGUAUUUUAUCAUAGUUAUCAAUUUUUUUAUGUUUUUAGCAACGUUUUUUUCUAAAACUUGGGCUUUUUUAAAUCUUGACAUUUAUUUUCACAAUUGGGGUGAUUUGUAUCGCAUAAUGUAUACUGUACAGCGUACAAUCUACACACUUUGCAGUGUUCACUGUACACUAUACACUAUGCAGUAUUCGCUUUUGUGAGGACUGUACAGUGUACAGUAUACACAUUUCUGUGCUAGGUUUCAAUAUUUGGUUUUUACUGUUUGCAUGUAAUUUAUUAGGUUUUAUUUUUCUGGGUCUGAAUAUAAUUCUUUAAAAACGAAAAUUGAGCUUAAAUUUUAUAUUGUAUACUGUUCUUAUUGCCAUUUCCCGCAUAUACUGUGAUUUAACGAUUUAAAAUUAAACUGUGUUGAUUUA